UCAUAUUCUUUUAGAUACUUGGAUGGACUGGAAAUGUAGCGUUGAUCUGACCACUUCGUUGAAGCAGUUUCUUUUAAAACCAAAAGAGAAUAAAAGUCCAAAAGGAAGUUUUGUAUCUCUCGUUUUAUUUAAUUUCUACGUUUAAAAUUUGAAUCUACCUGAGAAGACUUAUACCGUAAACAAUCAGCUUAUGUUUUCUGUAAUGUGUUUUUAUUCCAAAUUAUAAAAUCUGACUAAUGAUUGGUUGAUAAACAUUUACCGGUAUGGUAAUGACGUGGACCGGAGAGAGUGACGGUUAGCAUUUACCCAUUAACCACCAUAAUAAGAGAAAAAUGUUGUACAUUUGCAAAAUACAUAAUGUUUUUUUUUCGCAAAAGGCUGAUUAACAAUGCGUACUUUUCUUGUAGGAUAAUUCCGAGAUUUACAAGGUUUAGAAAAUAUUAAUUUUUUAAAAAAUAUUUGUUAUAAUAUUUAUAAGUUUUUGAAAAGUUAUAUAAGUGACUAAAACAGUUUUAGUGUUGAUAUUAUUUUGCAUUAGUUUAAAUAGUUUAUUUGUAUAAAAUUUAUUUUUGAUAUGUUCUAUUGUUUUAUUUUUAUUAAAUAUAUAGAAAUUUUUACUACAUAUUAUUUUUGAUAUCUCAUUCCAUUGUUUCAUAGGUUUGUCCUCGAAACCAGCAUCGUUUUCUACAUACAUACAGCUUGAAGCAGAUGAGAUCCCAAAAAUAGGCUGUACCACAAAAUUAAAACAACUGAUCUCCAUACACAGACGUAGUUGCAAAACUCAACAACAGCAGGAGAUUUCAUCCGUUGCUGUUGUUGGAAGAUUGAAACGAUCAAAGACAUCGGUUCGGUUCCCCGAGAGUAAGACCGUCGCUUCAACUCCUGUAGGAGGAUCCUUGACGUCCACUCUGGCUCCUUAAAUCUGUUGGUUCACAAUAAGUUUCCAAAAAGAUCAACUUUUCAUUUGCUUUUUUUCUUUCUCUAGCAUCUAAUAUGAUUCAAACCAGUCAGCUUCAUUUGUAUCUUAAUUUUGUCAACCAUCUAAACUGAUUCUUUUUUUUUUUUUUUUUUGCUAAAAUAUUAUCUAAACUGAUUCACGUACAGAAGACUGUUUAAUAUGUUCAUAUUCAAAGUGUUAAAAUUUCAGAUCAUAAAAAAAAUAAUAAACAGAAAAGGAAAACAAAAAGAAACACACAUAGACAAAAUUAAUGAUCGUCCUAUCGGGAGGUUCAAAGAUAAACCAAAAUUCCUUUGUUGUUCCUUGUGAAAGAAGGCAUGUAAGAGAGAUGGCCUGCGGUUGCUUGCAUUGCAAGUCUUUAGGUUUAGUUUUUUUUUUUUUUGAACUGUCUUUAGGUUUAGUGAAGAACUUUGAUUUAACUCCAAUAAAAUUCACAUUCUCGAAAAUGAAGCUUGGACAUGUACUUUCCAAAACUGAUUCCCAACUUCUGAAUUAGAAAUAUGUUUUUUUUACUAUACAUGAUUUUAUAAUAAUAACUCAAAUAAUUUAACACAACAUUUUAAUAACAAAGUAUAUAUAACUUAAAAGAAUAUUCUAAUAAAAUCAAUGUUGAAUAUAAAUUUGGCUUUAUUUUGUUCAACUAAAUAUGAUUAGAUAUAACAAAAUUUAAAAUCUCAUAUCCAUUUUUUUUCAUGGGGGACAAAUUAUUAAAUUCAUCAGUUAAUACAAAUCUAAUCCAGAAUUCAAAAUUGUAAAAUCUGUCUCUCUCUAGUAUCGAAACAAAUAAGAUUCCAUUGGUAUAUAACUCUAUUUUAAGUACAAAUAUUAUUAAAAAAUAUAUAUUCUUCAAGUAACUCUAUUCUUAGAAAAGAGAAAACAAACUCAAAAAUGAAUCAUAAAUGAUAACUGUUCCGAAGGAUCCGGAUUUUUUUUACAUUUUCUUUUUAAAACUUAAUAGCACGUAGUAUCUUUUGUUUGCUUGGUCUUCUCCCCACUCAGCAAAAUCCGCUUAUAUAUAUAAUCCACUCCUUCUCCUUCUACCUUUCUCAUCUACCUAAAAACAUCAACACAAACACGUACAUCUCAUUAAAAAUCCUCACUCUCUGUUUUUCUUUUUUUAAUUCCCAGUCUACUUUUUGAUUUUCCCCAUCGAAUGAGCCAAAUAAAAACCAUCCACAAUCCCAUUGGGUCAUUAGAGAGAUUUUUGGAUCUUCUCUUGAUCUCUCUCAUCGUUUACAUGACAUUGAAAGGAGGCACUAGUGGUGCUUGUGCUGCGUGCAAGUACCAACGCAGACGCUGCGCCGCGGACUGCCCACUCGCGCCGUACUUCCCGGCCGAACAACCAAAGCUCUUCCAAAACGUUCAUAGGCUAUUUGGCGUUAGAAGCAUUGUUAAAAUACUGGAGAACCUAGACGAGCUUCAGAGACCGGAAGCUAUGAAAUCAAUUAUAUUUCAGUCUUAUGUUCGUGAUCGUAAUCCUGUCCAUGGUUGCCUUGGAAUCACACAACAACUCCAAUACAUGAUAUGGGUAGCCGAAGAAGAGCUCAAAGCCGUCAAUUCCCAAUUACAGCUCUAUCGUAAUGGUCAAAAUCAUCCUAACCCUCAUAAUAUGAUGAUUCACGAGCUUGGUGAAAAGCAAGAUCUCACAUCGCAGUUAGAUUUGGGAAUGGGACUUCCUGUUAACGAUAAUAACCAAGGCAAUAAUACAAUACCAUUUUUCAGUCCGGUUUCUGAAACUCAGCAGCAACCACCUCAUAUGUCUUAUUGUAGUGAUCAGGUUAAUAACCAUGACUACAAUCCCACUCCAGAUUCAUGUAAGGAAGUUGUCAACAAUCAUAAUACUUCUUUGGCUUGGGGUCAGAAUCAAUUUCCUUAUAAUCAUCAUAACUAUGGAUUCAUCAAUCAAAACGAGCAUUGUAGCGAGCCGAAGAAUAACAACAGUGUGAUGGCUAUACAGUCUCAACUUGUUAAUCUUCAGAUGGCAUCGAAUCAACAAGAGGAAGAAGUUGAUGAUCAGAACUACGAUGAAAUCCAUCAAUUCCUAGAAAUCAUCGAUGAGAGUCAAUCUUUCACGGAAACAAAAGAAGUGUACGCUUCAAGCUCUGGUGAAUCUUUGAAGGAACCUAUAGAUGAAGUAGGGGAGAAGGAGUUGAGGAGGGCGGCAACUUGCUUUAGUCUCACGAGUGUGAAUUGAUUGAGAUCAUGGAGACUAAAUCCUUUAAUUCAAAAUUUUUCUUGUCUUUAUGUUUGUUUUUUGUUAAGCAACGUGUUGUUAAGCGUUGAAUCUUUCUCUUUUUUUUUUUAAAUAAGUUUUGAAUCUCUAUUUAUCAUUGCUUCUUAUGUC